AUUGAACGUCUACUGAAAGAAGGUUCCAAUGCCGAUGAACCCCUCAACAUUCCGCUUUCCGAUUAUUCAAGCGACGAAGGAGGCGUGUCCAGCUCAGAGAAUGAAUGCCGCGGCUCGAGUUUUUCUGACUUGGAAGGACCCUGCUGCGCUCUAACCAGAGCACCACCGUCUACACCAGAAGCAGAGGUACAAAGUCGGCGGGUAUGUACUACCUAUCCUCACAGCACUUUGUAUCCAAAAAUCCCGUCCUUCAUCCCAAUCCCGAAAUUUCCUUAAAUUGCACAGCAUAAAAUAAACCGCAUGCGUCGUGUUAUGCACGAACUCGAUCGCAUCUACUUCCAACCUUUAUUCCAAAUGAAAUUCCAUGGUUUUAUGCGUUUUAAAUGGUCCAAAUCGAAGCGCACCAACAAGAAGGGCUCAAAAAAGAAGAGUUCAAGUAGUGUUGAUGAAAAUGCAAAGUCACAAACGCGAAGGCUCGGCGGUGGCAUUGAAGGAAAUGAUACAAUUAACAAGAAAGAAAAGAUUUUUAAGGAUGCGGUUGAUGGCUCAUCGCAUGAAAGUGUAUCGGUGCAAUCACCAUGUUCUGCAUUAAAUGCAAAUGGUUCAGAAGAUUGUGCAUUCCUAUCGGCCGAAGGUGGCACCGAUGAAUCGAAACCAGAUUGUAGAAAAGUGUCCCGCAAAUCUCAUAGCACCAAAAAAAAAUCCCAGGGCUCGCCAGCUUUGAGGGAACCACCACAAGCUCCACGCUUGGUUGUUUCAAGAAAACUUCGUAUGUGGUUGGCGGAUAGACAAAUUUUCAUCUACCGCAGGAAGCGAAAG